AUGGAAAAGUGUCGUCGCCGCGACCUGGACUCUGAUCCGCAGUCGGAGGAGGGGACAGCCAGCUGCGGAGUCGGAGUCGGAGUCGGAGGCAGAAUCCUGGGCAUUGGCCAUUCGCACGUCUGUCGGUUUAUGCAACAUUUUAGCAAUUAUAUUCGCGUCGGGCGACAUUACAACGGCAAUUACACGCAGGAGCCACAGAACAUGCCCGUGGGCGGAUGGCCACGGAGUUUGUGGGGUUGUGCCACUCCGUCCGGCAUUCUGGCAUUAUGGCAUUCUGGCAUUCCGGCUUACUGUCAUUUCGGCAUUCCGGCGGCCCUGUCAUCGGCACGUGGAACGGCAACGUGA